AUGUCACUGGAAGAGCGGAGAAAGCGGGUGCUAGCAAAUAGUAUAGGACAAAGAGUAGAAGUCAAUCAGAGAGCCCUCAUCGACAAAAUCCUUGCUAGAUAUUGUACAGAUUUUGUAGUCUACAGAGAAUUGUUGCAGAAUGCAGACGAUGCGAAGGCAUCAAGAAUAGAGAUAAACUUUCGGACCGAGGGUAGCGAACAAACCAAGGAAUAUCCAAACAACAGCAGCAACGAAUACAACGCCAUAGAGUUCAAAAACAAUGGUGAUGAAUUCAGAGAAGAGGACUGGGACCGGUUGAAGAAGAUUGCUGAGGGAAAUCCCGAUGUGCAGAAGAUUGGUGCAUUUGGCGUUGGAUUUUACUCCGUAUUUUCCUUAUGCGAGGAGCCCUUUGUUUCUUCUGGUAAAGAGUGCAUGGCAUUCAGUUGGGAGAACGACCAGCUGUUUUUUAGGCGUGAUACAAUGGAAUCAAGUGUUGAGUGGACAACAACUUUGAUGAACACGAGAGAGCCCAUGAAAAUCCCAAAUUUUGAAGAAUUUGCAAACUUCUUAGUCACGUCAAUGGCAUUUACCGAAAACAUUCGUGAGAUAGCUGUGUCUGUAGACGAUGAAUCAAAAGUAAAACUCUCUAAAAAAGUGGAGGAUUCACACCAGAUGGAUAUUAAAACUGACAUGUUGAAGAAUGCAAUGUUCCAUCUCAGAUCAGUCGACUUGCGACACGUAAAAAUCGAAGCUACAAGCUCUGUCAUAACACCAAAUGCAAACACAAUCUCCCUUCGCAUUGCGGCUGGACACUUGGAUGUACAUGUGACAGAAGAGUUCUCAGCAAAGAUGGAGCGCAUUAUUAAAAAGAAACCGCCAAGCACGACCGUGAUUCAGAUGAUAUUUUCCGAAUUUAAUGAGAACGAGGACAACAUUAAUAAUAGUAAUAUAUUCAAGGAUUUGGUUCCGCACACCGAGCAAGGAAAGAUCUUCAUUGGGUUUCCCACAUCUCAAACGACCGGAUGUUCAUUACAUUUGGCUGCGAGGGUUAUUCCUACGGUCGAGCGCGAGUCAAUUGAUUUAGCCGAAAUAACGUUAGCCGAAUACAAUGGAAACAUGUUAUCGAUGGCUGGUGUGCUUUCUCGCAUCUUGUAUGACUAUGAAAUGAAAAUAAUCUCACCCGAUUGGAAAAACGAAUCUGUUUCUGAGGACACAAGAAUACGACGAGCCGUGCACGCACUUGACCAAUUUACUUUUCACUCUAGCACGCCCAACAAGAAAGUAGGCGAAUUGAUAGAAGGUACUUUUUGGUCCGAAUCUCUCCCUGUCGUUUCCUCACAUGAUGUUCGUCCUAUCAUCGAAACGAAACUGCCUAACGAGGACAUGGAGGACUUCAUCAAUAGAAUCCCUACGAUUCCAAAGAAAGUGCUUGCGGGUUGUGAAGGUUUCUUUAAGAAAGCCAAGAAACGGAAUAUGAUCACAGAUAUUACAUUAAAGGAUAUAUUAGAAAACGAGUUGCAGAACGACAGAAAGUUAACUGAAACAGAAAUGACGGCCUUGAUACGUUGGUGGAUCAAGUAUGUUACAGCUAAUAGAGUGUCAGGAACGGAGAAGGCUAGGUUCCUCGAUCGGGCUAAGCUUGGUUGGGAGAAUAAAAUCUCGUCGCUGGCCAAAUUUAAGUAUUUUUUGGAUAGUAGUUUGAUACCACCCAACAACGAUUUCCCUGAAUAUAUGUUGCCAUAUCCUAUUAGUAGGAUAUUCAACCAUGCAGAACUCAAGAACCACUUUGGAUACAAAGUACUUCCGUUUCUUGAUUGGAUAGAAUUCAUGCUCAAAACAAAACUGCAAGAACUCGAGUCUGAUGGCGCGUUCGCUGAAUCUUUUCUUGGCACUAUCAGACGUGCCUUUCAAAAGCCUGCCUUUAACAAAAGAGGACUCUUUCAAUUAUUGUGCGAUAAAAAAAUAAUUCCGACAAAAAAUGGCCUACGCGUUCCUGGCGAGGCAUACUUCCCAUCAGUAACUCUUUUCCCCGAUCUAUCGACAGUCGAAUUUCAAAAGGAUCAUAUUCACCAUUAUCGUGACCUCCUCAGAUUUCUAGGCGUUCAUGAUCAUGUCAAAUUAGAUGUGCUGUUCGAAUAUUUGAAUGAUCCAGAGAAGGAUUGGGAUCAUAUGGAAUUAGUAAAAUACUUAACCUCGAUAGCCGAUAAGUUGAAGCCAGAGGAUCGGAAGAAAUUGCAAGACGAUCAAAUAUGGCCACGUGAAGAAGGGCAGGAUAUUGAAAUCUCAGAAAAGAGAACCAGAUGUAAAUUAUCGGAAUUGUAUACACCCACUCAGGAAUUAAGAGGAUUAGCGUUGCCAGUUAUUGAAUGGAAGAAAAUCUGGUUGUUUAGGAUGAAAGAAGAAAAAUUCCUAAUAAACCUUGGCCUCCGCACGCAUCCGUCCUUACACCACAUCCUCGAUCUAGCCGCACCACCAGGACCCCCUGAAUUCCGACGCAAAGCCCUUGACUACUUUAUCAGAAACAAGAAAGAAUACAUGGCAGAGUACAAGUCUAAGUCUUCUAAGAUAAACAUAGGAUUCCUUCCUUGUGUUGGUCAUUCGAUCAAUGCCACCCCUUCCGACUGUUUCGUCAAUCCUGAAUGCCAAAUCAUGGGUUUCAAUGUUUUAUCACGCGAUUAUGUCAGUUAUGCUGCUGAUUUGGGUGUGAGCCAAGAUCCACCAAUAUCAAAGCUUAUUGAGAAGUUGGAGAAGGGGCGACUUAAAGAUGCAGAUGAGGCGAAGAAGGUGUUUGAAUAUCUUGCGAAACGGCAGGGAGGGCCUGAUUGGAAAAAGUUGGGUCAACAAAAUUUCAUUCCAGUAAAAGACAAAUAUUUUAAUCCAAAUAGUUGCUUCUUAAUGUGUGAUGAUGAGAGCUACAAGGACUUUUUCAUCUACAUUGACUUCGGCCCAAGUGCAAAUUCGUUUCUCGAGUCAUGUGGUGUAAAAAUUUCACCUUCUGCAGUAGAUCUUGCCAAGCUACUUGUAAAUUCCUCAGCCAAAUUCUGGACCAAAAUUGGCUAUAACGUAGAGAAAUACACUGCCGUUCUCGAGACUAUAGCUGCAAGUCUUUCUAUAAUAAGUCGUGAACCUGGAUUGGUCUUUGCGAUGAAAAUGUCUCCUAUGUUAUUAGGAAUCAAGAAAUCGUCUCCAAAUGAGAAAAGUUGCUGUCUAGAAAAGGCGAAUGAAAUUUUUUUAAAUGACGAUGAAAAUCUUUGGAAAAUUUUUGGCGUUCCGACGUGCCCAGUAGAGAAUUUGCUUGAAAAGAUGUACGAGUACCUUGGUAGUCGCCGGCUAAAACAGUGUGUAACUAUCAAGCACACUCCGGUUGGCGAAGAAAGAAUUUCCGAGAAAUGUGGAGAACUCGAAUCUUUAAUCAAGAAACGCGCAGAUUUAUUUUACUACAAUCGCCAACCUCACGAAUUCAAUUAUAAUGCUUCAUGGAUAGGACUGAAUCUCCGCGUCAUAGAGGUUCGAGAGAUCGAAAAAAAAUAUUCCCUAAUUCCAAAAGGAGAAACUCGAAUCGAACAAACCUCGUGUUACUUGAGUCCGGAAUUUACCUUAAUUACUGCUGAAAGCAAGCUUAAUUACGUAGACCUCGCCCAUGCUUUGAGUAAUUUUAUUUAUAAGAAGCCGAAAGACCAUGAUGUACUGUCUCUGCUUGCCAUUUUGACAUCACCAGAGGAAAUUUUGGGGCAGAUUUUUCAACUCAAUAGGAUUAUGAAACCGAAUGUAGACGAACAGGAGAAGAUGGUCGUCCACGAAACGGUCAGAGAUAUGAAUAAUGGGGCUUAUCAGGAAAUGGAUACACCAGCAGGAUGGGAGCAAAUACAGAGGUUUGUUACAGAAAGAACUACAACAGUCGCACAGAUUCACGAUCGGGGCUACAUCAGGACUCUUGGGGUUGACGAUGAUUCUAUCGAAUCAAUGUCAGAAAGUUCCGUAGAGCAUGUGACAUAUCGUUCACGUAUGAGGACUCGCACAACCGAAUCGGUAUCUGAAAUACAACACGUACACAAUUUGCAGGCGAGGAGACCAAUGCCAAUGACAUUGGAGAAUACUACGAUAUUGAAAACUGAGUUGCAAAAAGCUUUACAGUCUUGCAAGUCUAAUUUUAAAAACGAUGUGAAUAGUCAAAGGAUUGAAGGAUUGAAAAGUUAUUGCGACGCUGUGCCUCGUAAUUCUUUGAAAUUCGUACGAUCCUUUGCUAACAUGGAUGUGUAUGCGACAGUCAAUACCACCCGUACAGAUCUUAAAAAGAAGAAUCUCACCGGAUUUGUAAAGCUCCUCAAAACGCUCCGUGAAGUGUUCGGACAAGAACUGUCAUCGGAUGCAAUACACGUUUUCUAUGAUACUGAUGGAGAGUCGGAUGCGUUUAAUCACGACCAAACGUUAUUCUUCAACUUGCAUUAUUAUGAUGACUCAACCAACAAAUUGAGCUAUGAUUCGAUGGUGUAUUGGUUCAUCUCUUUUUGUCAUGUAUUGGGGCAUAAUUUUGAGAAGUCGCAUAAUUCGAAACAUGCGUUUUAUUUCUCAUCGUUUGCCAGGAAUUAUAUCCCAUCUCUUUACAAGAAAUUGCAACAACUUGAUUUGAUAAAUUAA